GCAAGCAGCCCAUCGGGUAGACUCCGUGGAAUUGCGAUGCAUAUAUCGCGAAAAUAUCGAGGUGUCGACGAAACGACGAGAAGAGCACUGCUCCCCUCCGUGAUCUGUUAGAGAAAAGUGUAUUAUUGUCAGUGGUUGACAAAUGAAGUGUUCUGUCGGCACAGAGAAACCAUUACGAUUAGGGUAAUCACGCUGCCCCGUAUGACAGACAGGCUGUCAUAUUCCGCCAGAGUCUACCUUUAUUCCCGAAAUCUUCGAAGACAUUAGUGCAACAAUGGCGAUGGGCAAAGGGUUUCGCGUCUACGAUAAGCUAAAACCACCUAGUCCUCAUUCCGUCAUACUAGAACAACGAAAUCGAAAGGAAACUGUUCUGUUCGAGUCGCAAGCCGUCGCUGUACUCUCUGCGGAAGAGACAGAAUCUCUAAAGGGGAAAUAUACAAAGUUAUUAGAUGCGUAUGGUUGCUUAGGUGUUUUACAAUUAAAUGCUGGAGAGAAUACGCUGUUGUACCUUGUUCUUGUUACCGGAUGCUUCUCAGUCGGCAAGAUAGGAGAAUCAGAAGUGUUCAGAAUUACGCAAACACAUUUUGUUCCUCUCUAUUAUACGCAAGGCAACGGGGAUCGAGUAUCCGAAGUUAGAAAGGUUCUUAACUCGGGUACAUUUUAUUUCUCUUGGUCCGCCGGACAUCAAGAGCUUCUCGAUAUCACUCUAAGUGCGCAGAGAAGAUACAAGUCCACGACUACGGACAAUAGAUUUUUCUGGAAUCGAAUGUUACACAUCCAUUUAUUGAGAUAUGGAGUGGACACAAGUUGUUGGUUACUUAAAGCUAUGUGCGGUAGCGUAGAAAUUCGAACCGUAUACGUCGGCCACAGACAAGCUCGGGCUCUCCUUAUAUCCAGAUUAAGCUGCGAACGUGCAGGCACCAGGUUCAAUGUCAGAGGAACCAACGACGACGGCCAUGUAGCAAAUUUCGUAGAAACAGAGCAAGUGAUAUAUUUAGAUAACGAAGUAACUUCUUACGUUCAAACAAGAGGCUCGGUUCCUUUAUUCUGGGAGCAACCUGGCAUUCAAGUAGGCUCUCACAAAGUAAAAAUAUCCCGCGGUUUCGAAGCUGCUGGGCCAGCUUUCGAUAGACAUUUAAACAUGAUAAAACAAAGAUAUGGACAGCAAGUAAUUGUUAAUCUCCUCGGCUCCAGUGUCAUGGGUAACAAAGAAGGUGAAGCAAUGCUGAGUCAUUUAUUUCAAACUCAUCACAAUAGAUCUGAACAUACGGAUGUGCCCCAUAUCCUAUUCGAUUACCACCAAGAAUGCAGAGGUGGAAAUAUGAAAAAUCUUUCGAAAUUGAAAGCAAAAGUAGACAAAUAUUUAGAAUCCUUUUCAUUGUUUUACGCCGCUAACAAUAGCGUUAUUUUUGAACAAACCGGAACUAUUAGAACAAAUUGUCUCGAUUGCUUAGAUAGAACGAAUUGCGUACAAACGUUCUUUGCGUUGGAAAUACUUGGUAAACAGCUUGGGUUGUUAAAACUGCUCGAGAAACAACAGAUGGUAUCAAGGUUCGAAGAAGUGUUUAGGCAAAUGUGGAUCAACAAUGGUAACGAAGUAAGUAAAAUAUAUGCUGGUACAGGAGCGAUUCAGGGAAGUUCGAAAUUAAUGGAUGGCGCGCGAUCUGCAGCUAGAACGAUACAAAAUAAUUUAUUAGACUCCAGUAAACAAGAAGCUAUCGAUAUCUUGUUAUUGGGAUCAACUUUGAACACGGAACUAGCAGACAGAGCACGAUUACUCUUGCCUUCUAAUAUGCUACACGCUCCUCCAAGCGUACUAAGAGAAAUGUGUAAAAGAUAUAACGAGUAUGUUACACCGAUGAAUCUUAGAGUAAGUGUCGGUACUUAUAAUGUAAAUGGUGGGAAACAUUUUCGAAACAAAGAUAUCACCCUUUCUGACUGGUUAUUAGAUGCUCCGCUCAAAUCACCAUCUCUAGUAUCGGUUGAAUAUGACAAUGUUCCUGUAGAUAUAUUUGCGAUAGGAUUUGAAGAGAUUGUUGAUUUAAAUGCUAGUAAUAUAAUGGCUGCUAGUACCGAUAACGCGAAAGCCUGGGCAGAGGAACUGCAGAAAGUACUUUCCCGAGAUACUGAAUACGUUUUGAUCACGUACCAACAAUUAGUCGGUGUCUGCCUUUAUUUAUUUAUACGACCUGCGCAUGCUCCUUACUUAAGAGACGUAGCUGUAGAUUGUGUAAAAACUGGAUUAGGCGGUGCAACGGGUAACAAAGGAGCCGCAGCUAUCAGAUGUGUGUUGUAUUCUACAUCAUUUUGUUUCGUUUGCGCGCACUUUGCUGCUGGACAGUCCCAAGUUAACGAGCGUAAUGCAGAUUACGCUGAAAUCACGCGGAAAAUUACUUUUCCUAUGGGAAGAACAUUGAACACUCACGAUUAUGUGUUCUGGUGUGGGGAUUUUAACUAUAGAGUCGAUAUGGACAAAGAAGAAAUGAAAGAAAUGAUCAAAAGGAACGAACUUGAUCAGAUAUUACAAAAUGAUCAAUUAAAAGUUCAACAGGAUCAAGGAAAUGUUUUCAAGAAUUUCUUGGAAGGUCCUAUCACGUUCGCGCCAACAUAUAAAUACGAUAUUUUUUCUGACGAGUACGACACUAGCGAGAAAUGUCGUCAACCUGCGUGGACAGACAGAGUGUUGUGGAAACGCAGAAAACAAGUACCUGAUAUCGAUUCACCGGCAGAUUGGAAUCCAGGAAAAUUAAUUCAUUACGGUAGAGUAGAAUUGAAACAAAGCGAUCACAGACCCGUGAUCGCGAUUGUUGAUAUAGACAUUCAUUGCGUCGAACCUGAGAAACGGGAACACGUAUUUAGAGAAGUUAUUCAAGAUUUAGGACCGCCGGAUGGCACUAUAGUAGUAAAAGCGGUGGAGGAGUUCGACGACAUAGAUAGCGUGUUCGAUCAAAAUUUCAUGAUGGCUCUGUUGCAAGAUUUUUCUCACAUCGGCGAGGUGAUACUCGUCAGAUUUGUCGGAGAGACGAUUUGGGUGACGUUCAGAGACGGACAGUGUGCUCUGUCGGCGGCUAGGAAAGGCAUGACUCAGGUCUGCGGUCAGACUCUGAAGUUGUCCUUGAAGUCACCAAACUGGGUGCAACUUAUUGAAAAGGAAAUAGAGCUUUGCAGCAACACCACUGUCGCGCAAUUCACUUCAAGUUCCCCAGUGAGGAGCCCUAUGCAAAGGUUAGAGCAAUUGGAGAUAACGGAACGGUCUUCUCCGAGCAGAGGGAGCCCAAACGGAGUUGUGCCGCCACCUAGACCAGCUCCUCCGGGUCGACCGUCUCAGCCACCUAAGAGCCCGAUGCAAGAACGAAAACAAGGACCGCGCGCUGGCGUAUUUAGUGUAUUACCCAAUCAAUUCCCAGCGCCAUUGUCCAGAGAAAGGGUGGAAUCUGAACAGAGUGAAAGACUGUCGCCGGAGUCUGCAAUUUACGAGGAGAUAAUGGAUGGAUCUCCUAGUUAUCCCAUACCAAACCGUCCACCACCGCCAUUACCUCGUACAGAUACCUCGCAAGAGUCAUCCAGUAGACCACCUAACUCCAAACCACCUCCUCUGCCGCAAAGACAAGCCCCGCCUCCACCUCAACACCCUCCGCCUAGUUUACCCGCGUCAAACGUUCCGCCACCCAUACCGGCAAGAACAUCAGGCGGGCCACCUAUCCCAGCUAGAAAUCCACAUUAAAUAAUGGUACAUU